AUGGAUUAUUUUGGCCUCCUCGUCCUGCUGACCAUGGCCAGGCUGGCGCAGAGCCAGUACACCUGCGGAUGGACUUGCGGCCUCCGACCCAUGGUGUCUGACUCCAUACCUCAUGAUGACAGCAUGACACGUGUCGUGGGUGGUGCAGAUGCCAAGCCAGGGGCCUGGCCGUGGAUGGUCAGCAUCCAGCAUCCGAGCAUACCAGGCACAAAGCAUUUCUGUGGAGGGUCCCUCAUCAGGGCAGAUUGGGUCCUCACAGCUGCCCACUGCUUUGACCUCAUUUUUAACAGCAGCUUGGUGUACGUGGUGAUUGGGGCCACCCAGUUGACUCAGCCAGGCCCUGGGGCACAAGUCCGCCAAAUGAAGAAGUUAAUACGUCAUGAAAACUAUAAGAGACGUGACAUGAGCAAUGACAUUGCCUUGAUGGAACUGAACAAGCCUGUUGACUGCAGCCCCUACGUCCAGCUGGCCUGUGUGGCCGAUGCUAUCUUAGGGUUGUCAGUGGCACAGGAGCGCAACUGCUGGAUUGCUGGUUGGGGUGCCACCACUGCAAAAGAUAAAACUCCAAGUGAUCACCUGCAGGAGGCCAAGGUCCAGCUCAUCAAUACCCAGCUGUGUAACAGCACCUUCUGGAACUCAGGGAAAAUCCACACCCACAACUUGUGUGCUGGUUACCCACAGGGUGGCAUCGACACCUGCCAGGGUGACAGCGGUGGUCCUCUCAUGUGCCAAGACAAACAUGCUGACUACUGGUGGGUUGUUGGAGUGACCAGCUGGGGAAAAAGCUGUGGCAGAGCAAGGCGGCCGGGAGUCUAUACCUCCACUCAGCAGUUCUAUGACUGGAUUCUGGCCCAUAUGAACGCAGAGAACAUUUAA